ACAUAUGGAUGCCCUCGUUUUUAGUACUUGAUUUGGCGGCACUUUGUGAAGAUUUAGCCCUUGUUUUUGCAUAACACAGAAGCCAACAGGCUAACAGCUGUCCCCACCAUGGCUGGUUCUACACGAGAAGUGGUGACCUUGCAGUUUGGUCACUACGCCAACUUCGUGGGAACCCACUGGUGGAACCUGCAGGAAUCGUCCUUCUGCUACGACGCGGCGUCAAGUUCCAGUCCGUCCGAGAUCAAUCACGAUGUCCUCUUCCGAGAGGGCCUAACGCUCACAGGAGAGCAGACCUACACCCCAAGGUUAAUCAUGUAUGACCUAAAGGGAAGCCUGAACACCCUGAAGGAAGACGGUACUCUGUACGAUGUGUUGGACAGGGACGAUGAGGUGCACUGGAUGGGAGAUGUCACACUCCACACCUCAGAAACGUCCGGCAAGAAUCAGUUUCUUAAAGACUUGGAAAAGAUUGAUAAGGGAGAGUUGCCUACAGAAGAAGAUGCCUCCUCUGCUGGGACGGAAGACUCACAUGACGAAGUCCAAGAGACGACGCCUCACUUGUCUACCGAUCCGCUGGAAGUGUUCCGCAGCAAGCUUUACAACCUGGACGGAAGUGUCUCAGUCUGGUCAGACUUUCUGCGGAUCCACCUGCACCCAAAAACCGUGUCCAUCCUCUCCGAGUUUGCACACGAUCCUGAGCAGGACAUGUUUGAUGUUUUUAGUCACGGACAGCAGCUGUUAGGAACUCAGAGAGUGUCGGCAGAUGUUGAAGACAGGCUACACUUCUUUGUAGAGGACUGUGAUAGUUUACAGGGAUUCCAAAUGCUGGUAGACCCUUAUAAUGGUUUUGGUGGGCUGGCAGCGGAGGUUUUAGAACGGAUGUCAGAAGACUAUGACAAUAAGGGGAUCCUAACAUUUGGUUGCUAUCCCUCCGUGUUUGUCAGAAGAAGCCCUAUUGUUGACUACCACAGGCUCAUCUGUACUGUGUUGUCUGUAACUAAGUUAUCUGAUAAUAGCUCUCUUUAUGCACCGUUAUCUGUUGCCACAGGAUUAGGGCGAGAGCCUGGACCGGUAGCAUCCUUCCCGUACUUGAGCUAUAACCCCUCACUGCACUACCACACAGGCGGCAUCCUAGCAACUGCACUAGACACGUGCACGCUUCCGUAUCGCACGCGCAGUGAUGCCGUUCUCAUGACUGACCUGACCAAUACAAUGAACUACUCUGGUCGCAAAAUGGCCGCACUCUCGGCCAGACUCCCGUUCCCCAUUACCCUGGAUGGAUCGCUAGCUUCCAGUCUCAGCCAGUACGUGGCUGCACCAGACUUGGUCUCUCUGUGUCCGGGGGUGAGGGAACCUGGAAGAACAUUCAUGCAGUCGGUCGUGUUAAGAGGAGUACCGCCUAACAGGAUACUUAUCCCCGAUCCAGCUGCUCACGCUGACAGUAUCUUCCGAGACUGUAGAUCGGCCAACGACUGCCUGAAACGCUAUCUCCAGCACGUGUAUCCGGGGACGCUAAACGCAGGGACUGUGGUUAACGAGCCGCUCACAGUCACCACUCCCUUUCCGCAUCUGUUCCACCCAGAGAUCGCCCACGACGGGUUGGUUGGGUUUAAGCCGCGGUCAGCAAUACAGGGGGUAGAGAAGAUGCCAGCAAUGACGUCACUGUCCUCCCCGUCGGGAUUACAGGGUUGCCUCACCGCGCUCCACGGAGAGGUGGAGAAGGUGGACAUCAGGAGGUUCCACAGGUUCCUGGAUGCAGGCCUGGAGGAGGAUGACUUUGCAGAGGCAGUGGAAAGCCUGCGCAGGCUGGCACGGAUGUACCAGACAAGCGAUAACGAGAUGGCAGAGGACAGCGAUGAUGACAGUGACUAAGAGAUAAUCUGUCUGAAGUUUACUGUAAAUGCAGAAUUGUUCGCGGCAGUUUUAUGUUCAAGGGCCACUUCACCGCGAACAUUUAUCCAUUAUAUUAUGAAGCAACAGAUUGUGGCGCAACCGCAAACUUAAAACCAUGGCAACUGUACCAUCGCGGUGGAUUAAUGUUUGCGGUUUUCGCGGCGGCCGUUUCACUGCGAAUUUAAAACCACCGCGAACAUUUUUCCAUAGCAGUAAGAGACUACAAUGCAUGGUGCUACCGCGAAAUUAAAACCACCGCGAAAAGUCCAUUUUCUCGCUACCGCGAAAUUAAAUGCAUUUACAGUACUUGCUGUGGAAAUCUUGUUAAGCCCAGCUUACAGAGGACAGUGAUGAUGACAGUGACUGAUCCGUGUGAUCGCUAAUACUUUGGAAGUUAACCAUUUAUUCCAAUAUUACACUAAAUGUACUAUGCUGCAUUGCUGCUAGCUACCUACUUCAGGUACCUCUCAAGUACCCCUUGCUUAAGUUCUUAGUCUUUUUGUCCACCUUCACAUUCUUAUGUGGGAUAACACUGCUUGAAGAAAAGCAGAUACAUUCAGUGGAAAGCUUUAAUUUUGAAACUCAGUAUACUGAAAAUCAUGAAACAAGAAUUUGUACACUUUCUAUUUGAAUUUGCACUUGUGUUAUUUGUAUUUAUUGCAUUGUAUGCUCUAUAUUGUGUGCGUGUGAUGGUAUUACCAAAAAUUGGAAUUACAGUUUGGAUCCUAAUCCCAUUUCCUUUUUUUGCCGCCAACUGCAAAUUUGUGUGUUAAUGUGUGAUUUUGAUGUGGCUCCAUAUUAGGCUAUGUAAAAAAACAGUGAUAAAAAUUUGUAUUCCAUGGUCAACUUGUGCAUUAUUGUCUGAAUCAUGUCACCAUUAAAAAGCAUAUGAAAACAAA